AUAUAUAUAUAUAUAUAUAUAAGAGAUAUAAAUAAAUAUAUAUAUAAUCUAAAUAAAUAGAUAUAUACGUAAGUAAGUAAGUAAAUGGAUCCUCAGCAGCGAGAGCAGCUGCUGCAGAGCCUGAGCGAGGAGGAGGUGCGGGCGCUGGAGGCGGUGAUCCGGGCGCACCACGACACGUCGGGGGCGGGGCGGAGGUGCACGUCGCUGGUGGCGCAGCGGGUGGAGGCGCCGCUGCGGGCGGUGUGGGGGGUGGUGCGGGCGUUCGACAGGCCGCAGCGGUACAAGCACUUCAUCAAGAGCUGCGCGGUCGUGGGGGGGGACGGGGCCUCGGUCGGCAGCGUGCGCGAGGUCUCCGUCAUCUCCGGCCUGCCCGCGUCCACCAGCACGGAGCGCCUCGAGAUCCUCGACGACGACCGCCACGUCAUCAGCUUCAGCGUCCUCGGCGGCGACCACCGCCUCCGCAACUACCGCUCCGUUACCUCCGUCACCGAAUUCCUCCCCCCCGGUCGCCGCCCCUACUGCGUCGUGCUCGAGUCCUACGUCGUCGACGUGCCCGAGGGCAACACGGAGGACGACACCCGCAUGUUCGCCGACACCGUCGUCAAGCUCAACCUGCAGAAGCUCGCCGCCGUCGCCACCGUCGACGCCCCAUGUAGACCCAAUCACGCAUCACACAUCACCACACCAUCGGACGGCGUCACUGCGUUACCGGAAGAAUACUAA